UCCUGGUUCGCAUUGCAGGCGCGUACACCCUCUGCAGUCACUCAGCUAGUCUGUAUCAUGUAUGACAGCCAUGCCCCGCAGCUUUUCCUGUCUAUAUUCCUCUUCUGUUUCGGAGUGAAGGCGAUGACUGAUCACUCCUGUUAUGACACGGACGCAGUGGACAUGGUGGUCCCCGUGGAGCUCUCUGGAGAGGAGGCUCACCUGUUGCAUGACUCAUCCAGGCGCAGCGCGCGUCGGCGCGGCCAGCGCUCUGUCGAUUCCCGGGGUGGACUAAACUCGGUGGAGGACACCUUAUUUUUCUCUUUACCUGCUUUUGGAAAAGACCUGUACUUACACCUGAAAAGGGAUGCCGCUUUUCUGUCUGAGGGGUUUGUGGUCGAGGAGAGGGGAGGCGAAAGAGACCCCCCUAAAUGGUCGCACCUGUCCAGAGACCAGCUCUGCUUCUACUCGGGAUGGAUUAUCAACCACACCGACUCUUUUGCCUCCCUCAACACCUGCAGCGGUCUGACUGGACUGGUCUAUACAGGAGAGGAUAGUCUCUUCAUCCAGCCGGUCAGCAGUUCUUCCGACUCCUUUUCCGGGCUGCAGCACAGGGUGGUCCGACACCGACGCUCAGCCAAGACCAGCCCUCCUUCUGCCCCUCCCCCUGGAUCCACAGCUGCAGACAAGCAGCCCAAGGACUGCGGCACCAUUACAGUGAGGAAGAAGGAGAAGAGGCAGAAAGGAGUGGAGGAGGGCCGUAGAAGGAGGAACGCCAUCCAUCUGAAUGGGUUGUAUACGGUAGAGACGGUGGUGGUGGCAGACUCAGACAUGGUGCAGUACCACGGAGCAGAGGCCGCGCAGAGAUUCCUGCUCACUGUCAUGAACAUGGUGUACAACAUGUUUAACAGCAAGAGUCUGGGCGUCAGAAUCAACAUACGGGUCACCAAGCUGGUCCUGCUCCACAACCGCCCAGACAAGCUGAAAGUGGGCCACCACGGAGAAAGGUCCCUGGAGAGUUUCUGUCAGUGGCAGUGGGGGGAGUACGGUGGCCCCCGUUACCUAGGCAACAAUUACGUGCCCGGGGGCAGGGAUGACAUCCCACCUGUGGACACGGCCGUGCUCAUCACUAGGUAACUGUCAUUGUCACUGUCACGCUUCCAAUCACACUGUCACUGUGUAUUUGAUAUAGUCUCCUGCUCUCUCUCCCUGCUCUCUCUCUCUCUCCCUGCUCUCUCUCUCCCUGCUCUCUCUCUCUCCCUGCUUUCUCUCUCUCUC